AUGAAGUAAAUUUAAAGUUAAUUUAAUCAUCAACUCAUAGGAAGGAUUCCAAAUCAGUUGAGUAGUUCAUAUAGGAAAAUGAAUGAUCGCAUACUAGCUUAUUAAAAUAAAAUAUAGAUCACCAAGGAUGAUAAUCAAUAUGACAUCUAUCUAAUUACUCCGGGAUAUUUAAAGAGCAACAAAUUACAAUAUAUGUUUAAUUGGAAAAUCAACUUUAUUGAAAGUCGGCUUUGUUAAUUUUCUAAAGAUGAAUUUUAUUAGAUUUAUUUAUACAAUUGCUUCCUUUUCGGAGAUUGCUACAAGGCCAACAGUCUAUCAUAUAUACAAUAAAAAUAUCGACCUUUUGAGUCCUAUUUUGAUAUUAAGAAUGAGAACAGAAAUAAUAUCCUGUUGUACGGGGAAAACAUGAGUGAAUUCAAUUAAUUUAAACUAUCAAAUUCAGCUCAAAAUGAGUUUACAGAUUUUAAUCGAAUUUAUGUUAAUAAAAAAAAUCCGUUUGUAUCCUUUUCAGUAUAUGAUAUCAUAAACAGCAAUGAGAAAGCAAUAUCAUAUUUCUAGAAAUUAGUGCAAUAAAGGGCAUUUUAGAAUCUGGAUGAAGCAUUAUAAUAUUAUGGAGUAACUCUAAAUGAGAUAGAAGGAAUGAAUGUUCAUGAAUUGUUGCAUCUAGAAAAACUCAUUCCUGGGAAUGUGCAAUCCUAUAGAUAAAAUUAUCAGAGUUUCCAUGAAUAUAUAGCCUUUAGCGCAUAUACUUUACAUAUCAAUUAAUUUCAUCGGAAUGUUCCAAAUAUGGCAUUUAGCACAAAUGAAUGUGAUUAGUGUAACUCAGGCAUUCCAUCAGAGUAUUGCACAUCACUCAAACCUAUCCAACCUUUAAAGUAACCUCAAUUAAUACCCAUCUAAUAAUUGUAAGAAUAUCCUCUAGAUUAUAAAACCUAUGAUAUUGUUUGCAUUCUCUUUCAUUCACUAAUAUGCUAAUUCAAGAUUUGGAGUCAUCAAGACUCAGUCGAAAGCAUUCUAAAUUAUCAAGUGGUUGAAGAAGCUAUAGUAACUUCUUCAUCCAAUUUCAAAAGAAACUAUGAAAAUCUAGAACUGUUGGGGGAUUCUGUUUUGAAAUAUGUCGUAACUGUAGAUAUCUUUAGACAAUACGAAUUGUUAGACGAAGGAGAAAUGACAUCCUUAAGAAGUCGGUUAAUUAUGAAUACAUUUUUAGCUUAAUUAUUUGAAUAAUUAGGUCUAUAACACUAUAUAAUCAAUUAGGAUUUGCAUUUCAAAUAAAUUCGAAAUCCUUUAGUCAAUGAUAUGAUUUCUAGUGAUAAUAAACAACUGCAAAUAAGUCAGAAGGCAGAUAUCUAUGAAGCAAUUGUUGGUGGUGUAUUUGAAGUUACUCAAAGUCUCUAUGAAUAUAUUAUUAUUUUGAGACGGACAAACUUUCCUAUAUCUUUCUAUUAAGACAUCCUCUUUGAUUUCGAACCAAUUACAGAAUAUACUGAGCAUAUCGAAAUCAGGGACUAUAAAUUUAAUAAUCCUCAAUUAUUCGAAAUAGCUAUAAAUCCAUUAUAAUAUGAUAGAUUAGAGUUUUUAGGCGAUGCUGCCAUUGAAUUGCUUGUUAUCUCUUACAUUUUUCGAGCAGCAAGGGAAAAACAAUAAAGAAAUCCAAAUUGGAUCUUAAAUCCAGGACUACUAUCUACUUGGAAAUAAUAAUUAUUGGGAAAUAAGUUUAUGGGAGAACAAACUAUUAGGAUGGGUUUAAAACCUCAUAUCAAUGAGAUCCCCAAAUUAUAUGGUGAUAUAUUUGAAAGCGUUGCCGCUGCCAUUCUUCUUGACAGUGGGUGGAAAGGAUUGAACCAAGUUUACGGAAGUUUAUAUAAGAAACAUAUGAAUGAAAUUAUUGAAUAGUGA